AUGAAAGGCUUAUAUUUUCAACAGAGUUCUACAAAUGAAAAAAUAACAUUUGUUUUUCAAGAACGGGAAAACCUUCCUGUUGCUGAGGAUAAUUAUGUGAAACUGCAAGUUAAAGCUUGUGCUCUGAGCCAGAUAAAUACAAAGCUUCUGGCGGAAAUGAAGAUGGAGAAGGAUUUCUUUCCUGUCGGGAGAGAAAUCGCUGGAGUUGUGUUAGAUGUUGGAAGUAAGGUAUCAUUCUUUCAACCUGGUGAUGAAGUAGUCGGAAUCUUGCCCCUGGACUCCGAAGACCCCGGACUCUGUGAAGUCGUGCGAGUGCAUGAGCACUACUUGGUUCACAAGCCAGAAAAAGUGACGUGGACAGAAGCCGCUGGGACCGUCCGGGACGGCGUGCGCGCCUACACGGCUCUGCAUUACCUGGCUCGGCUCGCCCCCGGGAAGUGGGUGCUGGUCAUGGAUGGAGCCAGUGCACUUGGGACCAUAGCUAUCCAGUUAGCACACCACCGAGGGGCCCGAGUGAUCUCCACGGCGGGCAGCCCUGAAGACAAGCAGUACCUUGAAGGACUCAGGCCUGCUCUCGCCCGAGUGAUCGACGUGUCCAGUAGGAAAGCCCAUUUUGCUGAGAGCUGUUUGGAAGAAACAGGUGGCCUGGGCGUAGACAUUGUCCUGGAUGCUGGAGUGAGACUAUAUAGUAAAGACGAUGAACCAGCUGUAAAAUCACAACUCCUGCCACAGAAGCAUGACAUCCUCUCACUCCUGGGUGUCGGAGGCCACUGGGUGACGACAGAGGAAAACCUGCAGCUGGACCCUCCAGAUAGCCACUGCCUCUUCCUCAAGGGAGCAACGGUGGCGUUCCUUAAUGACGAAGUUUGGAAUUUGUCAAAUGUACAACAAGGAAAGUAUCUUUAUAUCCUUUUUUUCUAUUGA